AUGCAGCUCCGCGGCCUCAGCCUGCUCAGCCUGCUCCUCAGCAUCGCCAGUAUCACCCACGCCAACGUCGAAAAAACCAUCUUCCUUGGCCCACCCGCCACAACAAUUCCCUCCGAGGAACCCGAUCUAGACGAUCUCGGCCUAGAACGACUCUCCCCGACCAACCCGGUCGUGCGCACCCAGCUUAACGCCUCAUUUCCAACCACCGAUGCCCCAGAUGGCACAGACUCAUGGUUCUUCCUCGAGGAUCUCACCCCAGGCCAGCGGUACGAGGUCCGAGUAUGCUGGCUUGCUACGCAACCAACAACAUUCACACUAACAACCCACCCACUAUCCGAAACAAUGGAGGAGAAAUCCCUCCUCUCAUCCUUAAUUAUAUUCUCCACUGCACGCCUAAGCACCCAAGACCCACGCCUCCAAACAAACGCCAUCCCCCGCACCGCGGGCCGGAACUUCAAAAGGAAAACCGACCAUCCAGACCCGGGGCCUGUGAGAUCCUCGGUACUCUUCCUGCGCGUACGCGCUGCGGCAGAUUACUUCACGAAGGACGAGGUGCUGAUGGCGAGUCCGGAGCCUGUGGCCGUGGAUUUGAUUCUUGAUCCGUUUAUUUGGAAUGUUUUCCCGCGUUCGCUGGUUCCGACGGCGGGGUGGGUUGUCGUUGUCGGGGUUGUUGCUUUUUUUGUGGCGAGGUGGAUUGCGGGUGAGAUUGGGAAGGUGAUUGAUGAUGCGAGGGAGGAGGAGGGAGACUUUGAAUGGGAAUGGGAAUGGGGAGAAAGAUGGGAAGAAGGAGAGGUAAUUGGUAAUUGGUAA